AUGCCGACCCCAAUCAUUCUCUGCGGAAAGUACGAGGAGAUGGGCAAGCUCCUAAAGGAGGCCAUCUCCCCGGACUUCGAAGUCGUCCACUUCGUCGACUCGCCCGAAGCAGGCCUAACCGACAUCCCGGCCCUCCUCCAGGGCAUCGCCCCCACGGCCUCAGCCAGCAAGCUCGGCACCGGCAACUUCGCCCAGGUGCCGCGAGCCAUCGUUCUCGGCGCCACCUACGACGACGUCUGGGUCGCGAGCCUGCGCCAGGCCAUCACCGGCGGGCUGCGCAAGGUCCCGCUGCUGAUGCCGGACCUGAGCAACGCGCCCGCUGUUGGGGGUGUUGCGCCCUCGCCGGCGAAGGCCAAUCAGGCGGCUGGCGUUGCGCUGCGCGAGCUGAAGAAGCUCGAGGUUGAGGGCAAGCUCGACGGUGGUUAUGACGAUGUCUUUACCUACAGGAUCUGA